AUGGCAGUCAGAAAGAAUAAAGGAGGGUUAUUGAAACGUCCAAAGACCAUUACGGAAAAAAAAUUCUCACCAAAUAGUCUCAAACCGCAACAGGCGAGAGCUCUCAUCAGAAGAUAUCAUGUUCUCCAAAAGAACAAGCAUGCUAUAAUACGAAAACUCCAGGCGACAAAGAGUAGGGUAUUGUCUGAAGUUAAUAUCGAAAAUUACAAGGCAAUAAUCAAAGAUAAGGUUUUCCAAGAAAGUUUUGACAAAUUUGAUCUUUCGUCAGUCAAGAACAAUUCCACCUUUGUCAAAGUAGACGACUCACUCUCCACAACGCAAUUGGUUCAACUUUUGGCAGAAAUAGAUAGUGAAAUUGCAGCCCGUGGUGGAAUCGAAGCCUACCAGAGUGCUUCGACUCAGGGCCAGACUGCAAAAAGAGGAGGAGAUUCUUCUAAACGGUUGGUGGAAUGGCUUAAGACAGAGGAGUACAAAUCUAGAUUGAACCAAAAUAGUGCUUUAGAGAUUGGAUGCUUAAGUCCCAACAAUCUCAUAUCGACAUGUGGGAUAUUUGAUAGCAUUGUUAGAAUAGAUUUAAACUCCCAGAGUCCUCUUAUACUAGAACAGAACUUCAUGGAAAGACCAUUGCCCAGAAACAACUCUGAAAAAUUCAAUCUUAUAUCGUGUUCGUUGGUGAUAAAUUUUGUGCCAUCUCCUAAAGAAAGAGGAGACAUGCUUCUUCGAAUAACCAAGUUCCUCAGAGAGCCUACAAAGGACACCUUAAGUUCUUUGUUUCUUGUUCUACCAUUGCCAUGUAUAUCCAACUCUCGGUACUUUGACAACGAGAUCCUCCAAAAGAUAAUGGCAAGUCUUGGAUUCAAGCAAGUGUUUUACUACGAGGCAAAAAAGGUAGCCUAUUGGCUAUUUGACUGGCAGGGGAAAAGGCACCAGAAACUUCAGGUAUUUACAAAGAAAGAGGCAUAUCUGGGUUCCAAGAGAAAUAAUUUUUGCAUUACGCUAGAAGCAAAAUAG